AUGUCGCAACCGCCCGACAAUCCUGGAGAACAGCCACAACCUAGGAUUACGCCACAGGAAGGCGCAACAACCGAUUCCUCUCCACCCGUGACAACAACUGCCACGACGACUCUCCUCGAGCCAACAACAGCAACAGCAGCUACAACCUCUCCUUCUACUUUGCCUUCCAAUCGUGAAGCUACCACCGCCAGCGCCACAACUAAUGACCAUUCAUCAUCAAAAGAUAUUCGCGCCAACAGCAAUGAAGAGCCGGAAGGCGGCACUGAGAGUGACGAAUAUGCUUACCAGUUUGAAGCUGAAUUUAAUAGUCAUAGCCAGAGCGUCAAAGAGGGCAACACCGAGAAAGCGAUACAGAGUUUCAUUAUGUUGCAAACAAACAGUGGGCAAAACGAUAUUUUUCAAAAGUAUCUAGUAGAGCUUGCAGAUCAUAUUGAUCCGGGGAGAGACUCCGAUAUGAGCAAGUUUUUUGCAUCGUUGCCCGCUUUGAUUCAGUCGACGAUCGUGGAAAAUGCAACUGCGUACCUGGAAGAAAGCGAUAGUCUUCAGGCAUUCCAAGUGCUGUUCGACUAUAUUCAAGCUUAUCCACGACAUGCAUACAAGUACCUUAUUCGGGCAAUUGAUCUAUUGACACAUUACGCACAGUCCAUGGAAACAAUCCAAAAGCAACAUAGCGAAAAAUGCAUCAAAGUGUUAGUUACCGAGCUUUUACAACGACUUUGGAAACAGCGCAUUCUGCUUACACGCCGGGACAGGCCGCCAACUGUGAAGUCCACUGACAGCAAACACUACAUUGUCAUCUCAUACAAUAAGUUUGAACAGUAUAUGAUGACUGGCCAGCGAUACUAUAUUCAGCAACACAACUGGGGAGAGCUGGUAAAGUUCACAUGCGCCAUGCUGGAUUGUUGCGGUUACACCGGUUUAGGACGACUUGACUUUUUGUCGCACACGAAUCGAUUCCAAUACAUGAAGGAACAACGUGGCAACGUACGUCUUGAUCUAGAUGAUCAAGCCAAAGAUGGGCCGGAUAGUAGCGAACAACCGGAGGAUUUGCAUGUGCUGGUAGCCUUCAUGUGCGAAUUCAUGGCAGCAUCAGCACAAUUUGUUCAAUUUGGGUACGAAUAUUAUCGAGCUGUUUGUGCUGCCGAGGACCCUCAUCAAGAAAAAUCCUGUCUGAUUCCAAUUUGCGCCAUCCGACCGAGUUUUCCAAACAACAGCACAGAUAAUAAUACCCGCCCAUCGUCGUCGUCGUCGUCUUCAUCGGCUUCAAACCGUGACAAACAAGAGGCGACUUUGACAACAAAUGUAUCGACAUCGGCAUCAUCGCAUGAACAGCUACAACAGCAACAAGGAUCAUCAUCAUCAUCAUCACGAAAACGAAGCGCACCCGAAAAUGAGGAUACCACGAACGGCGACAACAACAGCAAUAGCACCUCGAUGAACUUGACGCGUCUUGUUGAGCCACCGCAACGACAUACCAAAAAACUCAAGCUGGAUAAUAUACCUGAUCGUGGUGAAGGAUUGAAUGCGUAUUGUAUGCGAGGGGUUGAUGAUGCACUGCAAAUCCUAAGCAAGGCUGCAGAUUGCAUGCGGCAUCUUGUGGAUCUUUGGCAGUGGGGGUCCAUGACUUCACCGAAAACUAAUUGGAACACGGUAUUUGGUGGUUGGGAAGAAGAAUUGUGCCGAGUGAUCGAUGCUUACAAUCUGCCAUUUGAUGUUUGUAACGCUGUUCUGCUAGUACGGAGUGAUUUAGCUUUGUCUUCGCCCUCAGUACCUGGUAAUUUGGCCAAAGCACUCAAACUGUCACAGAGCAUUUGUGAUCGUAUCGAAGUGCAGCGACGACAAGAAAAGGGAGAAGGAAGCAAAGCACCCGAAUUCGAUAUCCCAUUCAUGUUUGCUUUUCGUGUAUUAUACAACAUUGGUGUAAUUUACUUACUUGUUGGAAGCAUUCAGCAAUCCACGCUUGAAAUUGCCAUUAUUCUUUCAGUGUUUCCUAUACCAGCAGCCCUGAACGAAAAAGAUUUUAUUGCGGACGAGAUUGAUUGUCGUACCGUAGCAACAGUGUUCAACGGACACGAGUUCGGCAUGAUGCGGGUGACGCAGGAAGGGCUUGUUGUUCGCUGCAUUAAACACCUGAUUGUAAGUCUCGACAGCGAAUCGGAACAACGAGGAGGAAUGGCAUCUAUCGAUUCGGCGAUGCGAUGGGACGAGAAAGCUGGCAACAUAAUUGUCCUCAUGCAGUAUGGAUGGCCCUACUGGAGCGCACGGACAAACUUUUGGCACAAGAUCAUCCAGCGCAUGCAGGAAAGACGAAUAUUCAAAAACAGAGACUUUUUGGAAUAUGUUUAUGUCCCGGAGAUUCUUCAAACAAUCCAAUCCUUGCAUGAAUCGGACACGGUGACACUGGAUAUCAUUCCACCCGAGUUUGCUUUGCGGAGCAGCUAUCGACACAUGUCCAUUCCAGGUGGAUCUCAAGCGGGAUCCGUGCCUUCCUCGCCUCAGCUAGGCGCCGUUUCUUCACCACACGCGCACCCAAGCAUUAGCACAUCUGGUAUGACUACUCAGACGUCAGCAGCAGCAGCAACAGCUACAGCAGCACCAGCCGAUAGCCACCAUCACAGACAGUCGUCCGUGGGAGCUGACAGUGAAUCUGUGCGUAGUCUUCCCUCCUUCAGCUCAUUACCGCUUGGUGCUGCUUCCAGCAGAAAUCCAAUCCCUCCACCGCCUCCACCAAUAUACCAGCCCUCGUUUACAAAUACCAUUCUUCCAAGCAUGUCCAUGUCACCAACGUGGUACUCUGCCUCGGCUCAAAAGAAUGCACAUGCGAAUUGGAUGUCUCCGUCGUUCUACUAUAGUCGUCCAGCGACCUCUGUGAUGCUUCCCAAACGCGAGCCACCCCGUGGGUUUCCUGGCAGCAGCGCAAGUACUGCGACUCGGCGUCGACAGGGCAGUGAAAGCAGUAGUAGCAUUCAUGAGAAUGACAUUAUGACUACAGAACAAAUGCAACGAUCGUUUGUGCCCAAGGACAUUGUUACACGAUGCUUAGAAUAUCGUGUCCGACGAUACUCGCCGAAAAUGACUCCUCAACGUAUGCGCCAUGUUUUGCAAAAGUUUUUGAAAAAUAUGGUAUUGAGAGGGAGCGAAGAGGUCUAA